GAGGACUUGUUUCCCCGGGAAUUCUGGGAAGUGUAGUCCCAGUUGCCUACACAGUCCUCAGUCCUGCGCGCCAGACGGAAACUACAUUUCCUAGAAGCUUUUUCGUUAAGAGAUGCGGGGCUGACGGGCGGCCCAGGCCUCCCCCUGCUCCCAGAGGGAAGGAAGCCGGGACUCCUCUCAGCUGAAGAUCGAGGAGCACAAAGCUACGAGGGGCCUCAGGACAGUGGCUGAGAUGACAAAUAAGUAAGAUGAAGAGGCUGUUCAAAUAGAUGUGUCUGUUCAGUUGUUGGGAUUGGGGAUCAUGGAUGAAGAUCGGUUAAUUGAACAAGCCCUGGAUCGGUUUAUUAAUUGCCAUGAGCAGACAUAUGAAGAAUUUUUGAAUACUUUUACUCAUCUUUCAAAAGAUCAUCAAGUGAUCAGGAACAGAACUCCUGGAGCCGACUCCUCAGGAAGCAGCUUUGCCACGGGUGUGUAUCCUGGAGCUCAGAGCAUCAGGAAUGAGUGCCUUUCUCUCCAUCCUAUAGCACAGCCUCCAGAGGAAGAGCAGAUCGCUAUCGAUGAAGGACAGAAAGUUGGCAUUUCCACUCAAGGCGACCGAAAUCGGGUCGGAAAGGUGAAGAGUACUCGAGGAGAGCACUGUGGAGGCUCAGGGACCUUUGGCAGAUCUAUUAGACUUAGCAGCACAGAUAACUGGUGCUCUGUGGGGCUCCCACCCCCUCCAGUGGCGAGAUUUCCAGCUCUUCAUCCCCCUCCUCCCUGCACGGUAGACAGUUUUCUAGAUUUGGAAGAUUUUGACAUGGAUGAAGAAACUGACCACAAGUUGGGCCCAGAGUUGCUGCUGCUUCCAGGAGAGGUAGAAGAGGAGGUGCGUUUCUCUGUCUCAGGCUAUGUUCCUUCUUUUGACCAGCAUUCUCACUCUGAACCGAAGACUUGUUCAGCAGAACAACUGGCAUGCAGGCAUUUGAAGGAGUGGUGCAACCUCGACAUGAAAGGCAGAGACACUUUUGACAGCCAUCCCUCUCGACCCCACAAGAACAGCUUCCCGGAGAUAAAAGCUUCAGAUAGUGGGGACAUUCCCACCACUGAACACUCUCUUGUGGGUGAGUGA